AUGAUAAAUGUAUCUGAAAUGAAAAUUUCAUUACGAAAAGUCCGUUUUGUAUGUCCAUUUGGAAGUAAAAGACGAAGCGGAAAGAUUAGAAAAAAGGGCGAAGCAAAAUCGAGGCGGAUAGAUAAUUUUGACGAUUUGGUCGUAGAUAUGCAUACAUGUAGAUGCUAUUUUUGCGAUGAGUAUCAAAUCAAUACAACAGACAAGGCGUGUUAUUCUAGUCUUUUACACCAGCUUAUAAAGAGAUUAAAUUGUAAAUUUUGGAACGAAACAAGCAUUAAGUCAAACGGCAACAAAGAAUGGGAACUUGAUGAUGUAUAUCUUGAUAAAACAUGUUUUGACACUUUGAAAUUAAUUUUGAUGUCAGUUCUUGUCAGAGGCAAAUUAAAUCAUUAUGAAAUCAAGAUCAGCAAAAUUCUUGUAGAGUAA